GCGAGAGAGAGAAAGAGAGAGGGAACGGGAGAGAGAGAGGCUGGAGAACGAGCGGAUGGAGCGAGAGAGGGAGAGGGAAAUGCAGGCCGCAGGUCUAGACGUCUGUGGGAACAUUGUGGGUCGAGGAGCAGGUGAGAAGAACGGUGUUGGCAUGAACCAGCACCAGCACAGAGAGAUGGCAGCAGCCAGAACUGACAGCGAGAACAAUCCAGUCGGCCACAACCCUCCGAACCACAACCCGCCAAAGAUCCUGCCAGUGUCGGGAAAACUGGAGCAGAAACAGUGGAGAAGGUGUCCAAACAAAAAGAAGGAUUUCUAUAUGAAGGCGAUGCAGAACAACUCAGGCCUCGUUCGUCCCUCUGCCUUCAAGCCAGUGGUUCCCAAGAGCUUCCACUCCAUGCAGAACCUGGUGGGCCAGGCAGGAGGGGCCGGGAGCGAGGGAAAGGCUGAGGCAAGGGGUGAAGGGUUCAGUGAGGGCAGGGUAGGCAGGAGAGGCAGGGACGGAGGAGAGUCAGGGGAGGUCCCAGAGGCCCUGCUGCUGGACCAGGACAGCCCAGUGAGAGUGAGCAGAAGUGACGGAGGGGGAAAUGGGAACGAAGUGGUUCAGGGAGGGAUGUCCGAUUCAGGGAGGAACUCCUUGACCAGUCUGCCCACGUACACAGGCUCAGGUUCUGGUUGCGGGCCCCCAGCAGUUCUGGGGCCCCUUAGUGCCUCCACCAGCCACAUUAACAGGCUGGGCAUGGCUGGGGCAGCGGCAGGCCUGGAUAAACUGGAAAAGCCUGGCUACCAGAACGGGCUCAGUGCUUCAGACAGCGGGCGGUCCUCGUCAGGAAAGAGCUCCUCUUCCUACCAGAGGCUGAGCCACCUGAGCGAUGCCCCUGCACCUCUACGCCCCUCCCCCUCCUCCGACGACAUCAUCCAGGACCUCGAGGACCGCCUGUGGGAGAAAGAGCAAGAGGUGCAGCAUAUGCGCAGAAACCUGGACCAAAGUGAGGCAGCGAUCAUUCAGGUGUUUGAGGAGAAGCAGCGUGUCUGGGAGCGGCAGAUGGAUGAGCUGAGACAGAACUAUGCUUCGCGCCUGCAGCAGGUCACUCGUCGCGCUCAGCGUUCGCAAACCGCCCUGCAGGCUCAGAUAACCCGUCUGUCACAGGACAAGAGGAGGCUCCAGGAGGAGAUGGCUGCUCUUUUAGCUCAGAGGGAGGAACUGGAAAGAAAGUGUCUGGAUUACCGGAAGGAGCAGGCUGACAUCUUACCUCGUCUGGAGGAGACCAAGUGGGAGGUGUGUCAAAAAGCCGGAGAGAUCUCGCUGCUGAAGCAGCAGCUGAGGGAGAGUCAAGCUGAAGUGACGCAGCGAGCCGGAGAGAUGGUGGCCCUGAGAGGCCAGCUGAAGGAGCUCAACGCCCAGCUACGGGAGAGGGAGGAGGUCAUGCUGGGCCUGAAGGACUCCUACAGCACCAAGAGUCUGGAGCUGGAGAAGUGUGAGGGAGAACUGAGGAGAACCCUGUCUGAGGUGUCCAUACUUCGAGAGAAGCUGGGAGUAUUUGAAGCAGAGGUGCUGAGUUUAAAGCGAGCUUUAAGUGAAGUGAGCAGAGGUGCAGAAGUGGUUGUGAGCCCGAACUUAGCUGCUGCAGGGCUUUUGCCGCCAUGGGGAGCUGUCCACUGCCCAAGAAACCCAACUGAGCCCACAACCAACUCCCUCACUCCCACAGCUGACACCCUGCUGAGCCUUCAGAGCGAUGAAGCCAAAGCUCAGAGGCAGGAGGCUCAGAGACAAGAGAGGCAGCAGCGUGAGGAGGCUCAGUGGCGGGACGUGCAGCAGCGUCAGGACGCCCACAUGCAGCAGGACAUCCAGAUGCGUCCGGACGCCCCGAUUCGUCCGGAGGCCCAGAUCCGCCAGGAGGCUCACCUCCGCCACGAGGCCCAGUUACGCCAAGAAGCACAGCUGCGUCAAGAGGUGCAGCUCCGUCAGGAGGCCCAGCUUCGCCACGAGGUCCAAAUGCGGCAGGAGGCCCAGCUACGUCACGAGUCCCAGCUCUGCCCGGACGGCCACCAGCAGCCGCGGGUCCAGGAGGGUCACUGGGACGAAGCGGGGGAGCUGCGGCGGCAGCUGGAGCAGCUGCAGGCCGCCCUGCGCCUGGAGCGGCAGCAGCGGGAGCGUCAGGCCCUCAACUUCGACCAGGAGCGGCACACCUGGCAGGACGAGAAGGAGAGGGUUCUGAAAUACCAGGCACAGCUGCAGCUCAGCUACGUGGAAACGCUGCAGAAAAACCAAGCUUUGGAAAAGCGCAUGAGCCAGCUGGGAGCCAAACCGACAACAACCUCCACCACCACCACCGUCACCACCACCACCACCACUUCCCCCACCUCCUCCAACUCCCCGCCUCCUCCCCCUGCCCUCUCUCCUCUAUCUCCUCAGCAGCUCCCCUCCCUCUCCGGCCCCAUCGCUCUCACGCUCUCCCCACCCUGUGAAGACCAAAAGGGCCCUCCGUCCCUCCAUCAGCUCGCCCCUCCGUGGGCCGGACCCUCGCGUCUGGAGAGGAUAGAGUCCACGGAGAUAUAAAGACAGCUUCAUAAAGCUAAUUUUUCAUUACUCUACAUGCACAGUGACAAGGCCUCUCACUCUAAACCACUUCAGCAUACAGUGGGACAGCACUGAGUCUACAAUAGAAUAAACCGGUACAGUCUGACAUACUUUUCAAUUCAACUGCAGACGACAGCAACAAAGGCCGACUGAAAAAUGCAGCAUUAUCAGAUAGCAUAUCAUCUCAACGGGGGUUGAUCUACAUACCUUCACAAAGAUUUGUCAACCUCCUGAACAGCCUUUCUCACACUCGUUGCACAUCUCUACAUCCUACCUAAUCAGUGUUUGUGAAAAGUGUGCCACACUGAUGAACGGCAGAAAAACAAAAUGUCGAAUGACAAUGUUGAGAAGACAGCACUAGUACAUGAGUCAUUUGAUACCCAGGUUAGAAAAGGACCAAGACAAUCAGGGAUAUUGUCAGAAAUGAUCGACAGAAAUAUAAUGCGGUAUUUAUUCAUUGUGAGUCUGUGUCACUGGUCAUGUAAAAGUAGAAUUAGUGGUCAGAGUGUGUGAUGUUAUCUUGCAUUUUUGGCCGGAGAGCGCCUUACUUCAUUCCAUCCAGCGUGUAUAAAAGAAAAACAAAUGCUGGAAAUCGAUUUUUCUUUUUUUAAAUCAAGAGUGUAAUUAUCAUUUUGAGUACUUUGAGUAUGAUAUCAGCAACACAUCACUACACAUGGCUGGACUAUUACAUCGAAAUCUGAGCAGAUAUUUGCGUCAAAGAUAACACAGACUGUUUCUUAAUUCAGUUUUGAAGUCAUUUCAUGCACAGGGUCUCACAUACACGACCCAAUUAAACACAUUAUUAAGACCAACAGAGUUUAUAUUUUCUACAAAUUGAAUAUAAAUAGAUAUGUUUAGCAGAUAAUCAACCCCAACUGAAUAUAGAUGAAGUUUUAGGACACAGGAGAACUAGGUUCUCUUUCACUUCAGAGUUUCUGUGGUGACUAAAUAUGGACACUAGGGGUCAGUGGAAAGCUUUCACAACUCAAAUUUCUUCUCAUCGAGCUGCAAAGAAUGUGAAUGGAAGCGCACAAUUUGAAUUUGGUUAUUAUGAUAAUUGUGUCAUUCGCUUUGUGCAUUCACAACCAAGUAUCUGAGAAAGCAGUCAGUAUCCCCAAAGUGAAAACAAUUUUAUAGAAUGUAUUAUAUUAUAGAGAAAGAAAUACUUAUAAUAGUUAUAGAUUGUAAAUGUGUGUGUGUGUGUGUGUGUGUGUGUGUGUGUGUGUGUGUGUGUGUGUGUGUGUGUGUGUGAGUGUGUGAGGGAGUGUGCAAGCGAGCGUGUGCAUGUGUGUGUAUACAUAUGAAAAGCUUCAGCUUAUGAGAUUGAGGAUAGAGGGACUAGUGGCAAUACAGCAAGUGGAGUUAUAUUAAAAACAAAGGGAUUGUCUUUCUGUACAGUAUCAUGUACAUCAAAGCUUGUGGGAUGGAAAAUCAAACAGAAGGGGUGUAUAUAUCGUUGGAAACUUACACUUUCUUCUGUUUAGUUCGUAUAGACAAAGCAGGAGAGACUGAAGUUUUAAAAGAUCAUAAAAAUAAGUGUUAAGUCUGCCUCUUAAAAACAAGCAUUCAGGCCAACUGCACUAUGUAGGGUCCUACACACAAGUUAUGAUGUACAGUAGACUCAGAUGUGAAUAUCAUGGCUUUUAUAUGUGUUGUUUAUGCCAGCAUACAAAGAUGUUGCUCAAGAAUAUUAACUUAUCUCUAAGGUAUUACAUAGUAUUAUCAUCUUUAUUACUGUUAUUAUAUUAUAGUGAACUGACAGAGAAAAAUAUGUGCCAUUUGAGCUUUCCUUUAUGUGUUUUUUCAACUGUGUAGAUAGCCUUUUGGCCUACCAUAAUGGUGCAAUCAUAGCAACCCUGUCCAAAAAUGAUGUUCCUUUUGAUGUAGGUGAUAAAUGUAGUUCCAGUAAUGCAUUGUUUAGAGAACAAAAUGCUACUGAUUUUAUACAUGUUUCAAAUCUAUUGUUUGCAUUUAUGUUAUUAGUACUGCUCUGGCUUGAUUAAAACCACCCCUUUGUUAAAAUUCAGCAGAAAUAAUAAAGAUAUGUGAAUAAUUCAGAACUUUGA